AUGGCUUUCUUCUGGUAUAUGUCUUAUCAGUUUCAUACCAUUAAUUUGAUUGGUGGGUGCUUGCUAGGCUUUUGUUCUUCAACAAAUAUCCUCACUGUGGAGGAAGCAUGGAAUGAUCUUAUUUCUCGUGUUAGUUAUUUGUUUUCCAAUGAGUUUCUUUCAUCUCUUCAUCCACUGAGUGGUCACUUUAGAGCAGCAUUGCGAAGAGAUGGUGAUCUUUGUGGCUUACUUCCUGUUUCUGUCAUUGCUGUGUUUGAUGCAAAGCUUAUCAAUCUCUGUAAAGCAAUUGAUGAUAAAGUGGAAUCAAAUCCAUUUCUAGUCUUGUUAUAUACUGUCAAGGCUGUUGCAAGGUUAUCAGGGUCUCUUGUUGCUUUUGGAACACAUUUUUCCAUCAGGAGACAAAAUCCAUACCCUCGUGAGAUCAUUGAAGCUUCAGCAACUCAACCAGCAGGUCUUGCAGAAAGCAUGUGGGUCAAGGCCAUACAUAUUCCAUGUGAACUGGGGAAGGCUGUUGAAUCUGUAAGUCUCAAUGUUCUUUCAAGUGGGUAUUACCUGGAUGUUAUUGCAAAAAAACUUGGUUUAACAGACGGGAACAGGGUUCUGAUGUCGAGGCCAAUUGGAAAAACAUCUUCAGAGAAAAGAUUGUACUUCUCCGGUCCAAGGUCGGAUUCAUUUGAUUUUUCAUCUGGAGUUCAAAAUUCUUUAGCAGCUUUUCAUUUUGAAGGAUCUCUAAAUGAAAGGGCAAGCAACUUGUAUGGUCAACCCAUAUAUGGUGAUGCAAUCUUGGCAUCAAUUGGAUACAUGUGGAAGUCUCAGGAUCUUUUUUGUGAAGAUGUUACCCUGCAAUCAUACUACAGUAAAACAAAUUGGAGAGGUUCCUUUCCAAGGGAAAUCUUAUGUGCAUUUUGUCGUCAACACUGGCUAGGAGAACCUGUAUUUUCCAAUUUGAGUAUUCCUCUAGAAGAAUCAUCUGACUUUUUAAGUUCAUCAAAGAAUUCGAAGGUCUUAGAGUCAGCCAAACCAGAGUUGGAGAAAGCAAAUGGAGGUGCAACUGUUGCUAAUGGCCUUGAGUCAGUAGGAUUAGGAAGUUCUCUUGGAUUUGAAGUAAAAAUAUUUUCAAAAUCUCAAGAACUAAUUAUGGACUUUUUGCUUAAAAAAUUUUAUAAGAAACAGAAUGAUUCCAUCCAAAUUGCCUCUUUGAAAGUUCUUUCAUGGAUAGAUGCAUAUCUUAAGGGCUCUAAUAUGCAUUUGGAGGAGGUAACAUACUCAGCUGAUGCCCUACAUACUUAUUUUUAUCGUGCCCAAAAUCUUUUUAAGGAAUUUGCAUUUUUUGUAAACAUAGAAAAACAACACAAUGUGGUUCAAAGAGACAAGUCACUAGAAUCAAGCUGUAUGAAUGCUCAGGACACCGCACAAAGACAGUGCAUUGGUUCUUCGAGGAUAAGUGGUCCAGAUUCCAGUGUAUAUCCAUCUAAUGGUUCCUUGAUAUGUAUAGGUUAUUCUGUGUUUCUGGUGCCAGAAGAUGAAUCAUGGAAAGAACUUCUGGAAAAUCAGGAGGAGUUUGAAUUUGAGAUGGGGACUGGAGCAGUGAUUCCAUGUCUUGAAGCAGUUGUAGCUCAGAUGUCUGUUGGACAGUCUGCUUGCUUCAAUACAUUAUUGCUUCCUAAAGAGCUGAUUUUAGCUGCAGCAGAUGAUUCAGUGAGGAUUCGUUCUUUGUUAUCUACAAAAGCCUGCUAUUUGGAGUAUGCUGUAAUUCUGUUGCGGGUAUCUGAACCACCUGAAGAACGAAUGGAACAGGCACUUUUUAGCCCUCCACUUUCAAGGCAACGAGUGGAAUAUGCAUUGCAGCAUAUUAAAGAGUCUUCUGCCACCACUUUGGUGGACUUCGGAUGUGGAUCUGGAAGUUUAUUGGACUCUUUAUUAGAUUAUUCAACCUCUCUGGAAACAAUUGUAGGCAUUGAUAUUUCACAGAAGAGUCUCACCCGAGCAGCAAAGGUAGUCUGGAACUGUUUACCGCUUCCCAUUAAAUAAAUUUUCUUUCUUCCAGAUGAGGAUUAGGAUCAGUAAUGCAUAUUCUUCAAUGAUUUUCUUAUAAGAAGGGUCCCUCACCCUCAUAGUUCAAAGCUAGUAUCCUCUCAGUUUAAGAGGGUGUUUGGGUAGUAUUCUUUUAUGGAUAAAGGCCCUUAAAGCACAUUUUAGUUAAAAAUAAGCUCUUAGGCCUUUCAAUUACUCUUGGAAAUGCUAAAAGCUAUGGAACUUGUAGCCCAAUAAUCAUAGCUCCCCUGACUAGCUUUUCUUAAAGAGCUUUAAGUUGAAUUUUGACCAAAAGAACUCUUAUCAGAACAAAUUAUUAUAGUUAAAAGAACUUUUAUCUAAAGAAUAACUAAUUCUACUAGUUAUUUUACUAAAUUUUCAGCUUAAAACUCUAAUUUUGCUAUAACAGCUCAUUAGAGUCUAAAAGCUAGAAAGAAAAGCAUCCCAAUGGUUUUUCUGCUUGCAGUAGAAUGAGCUUAAAGAUCAAUAGAACAAAAAAAGCCAUAUGCACUUAAAGCGCCCCCAGAAGAAAAAUCCAAUAUGUUUGUGAAGCUUAUGUUGUAUAUGUUGAUUGGAUCAAAUUUAUUUAAGACAGGAAAAUCAUGAAAUUCUUUUCUUUUUCCUACGUAAGGAUUACAGAAUACGUACAGUAAGUAUUGUUACAAUUUAGGAAACUAAUUAAACCUGAAUUCAUACGAGUGUGGGAUACUAAUUUAUACUAUUACAACCAAAUUAUUCCUAUAGCUGAUACACAGUACAUAUUAAUUAUAAGUCAUUAUAUCGUGUGACUCUUUUCUAUGCUCAUCCUUAGCUGGUGAAUAUAUAUUGUUCAUUCGCAACUUGCUAGGAAUUAUUUGAAAUGGAAUACUAGGCAACCCUUAUGCGAGAAUAUCUCCUACCUGAUUGCCUGAAGAUAUAUAUGGAGUAGAUAUCAACCCACUCUAGUUUUCCUUUUACAAAAUAUUUGUCCACUUUCACAGAUUUGAUUAUAUCAUGUCGCAAAACAUAUGAGUAAUACUAAUAGCUUUUUUUUUUGCUGCAGUAUAACCUAAUUGGUGCAUUCCAUUUGAUUUUCACGUCAUCCAGAACAAAUUUGAACCAUAAA